AUGUCUUCAGCAGCAGCAGUAUACAUUGAGUCGCACAAACGUCUUUCUGACUGGAACGAUGAGUUAGAAUUUUUAGGGUUUGUUUUAUUAGAAAUUGUUGACCCAGAAGGUAUUGAAGAGAGGGGUUUCUGUUGGCAUCAAGCUGUCGACCUGCCGACGAUAAUCGACACGCUGCAACAUGCAUGUUCCAUUCCCAAUGAAAAGCUUCGCCAGACUUUAAAUAAGAAAUCCCUGAAAUACUUCAAAACCCUGCUUGAUCAGUGCAGGCAGAUACGAAACGCCAUGGCUCACCAUCAAUCACCGGAUGAAACCAGACUGAGAAUACUCCAAGAAAAGAAAGAGAACCUAAGUAGUUGGCUGCAGUCUAUUAUCAGACUCCUAGCAUCAGAGUUCGACAUUCAUGAGGUUAGAUGGUGUCCUUAUACCGCCCAGUCUCAAACGAAAGCAACGUAUAACGAGAGCACUAUUUCACUUGACGAUGGGCCACUAUUGCUGCAACGCGAGAAAGUUUUGGAGAGCGUAAAGAAGCCGCAAAUUAAGCCUAAAUCAGUAAAAUGGAAAAGCAAAGCCACGGAGGAAGGUCGUAAAAGACACUGGGAGGCAUUCAAGAUCGCCCAAAGGCGCAAAGUUGAGAGAAGGAGGGAGAUCGAUACCCAAAAAGACGAAUAUAGGAGAUAUAAACUCCAGGAACUGGAUGGUGACUACUACCAGCGGCGGCAGCUGAGGUUAAUGCAGGUUGAUCGAAUUCAUUAUCUUAUGGCGGGUGAGGAAAAGGAGUGGAGAUUUCAACGCACAAGGUAUCUUGAAUAUGAAGCCUCAGCCGUAAACUUCAGUUCAUGUAUAUCCUUCACGCUGGCGUUGCUAGCCGUAAGUGCACCCCUGUAG